AUGGGUUGUUAUGUCGCCGAGAUUACCCCGGCUAUAUUCCCAUCGCGGAAAGGAUCCCAUUACAUCUAUGUCCGUGGGAGCGAGGAGGAACCGUCGAUUCCCGUCCACACAGAGCAGGUCGACCAGGCGAUCCAGCAGAUCACCGAGGCAUUGGGAGGUGAUGAAGAUCCAGACCGGUGCGACCGGGGCUGGAGAGAUCCACGACGCCAACCCGUGGUUGCGGAUGACGGGGUGGACCCAGUAUUUACAGGAGUUUACCACGCCCAGCGAUUACGACGCAUUGGCGUGCAGCGGAUAUGGAAAGCCAUGGAGGGAGUGGUACGCAAGAGCCAGUGGACGGUGCAACAUACCGGUCAAGCGAUCCGGAUCGAAGCGGUGCGAUCCGAGAAAGGGCAGACCCCAUAUCGCCCGUUGCAGGUGUAUAUGGAUGCAGACAGCGUGGCCAAGCAUGUACAGCCAUGGCAGCAGAUAUUAGCGUUCAUCGCACGCACGCAGGCCCCACACCCAGAAAAGCGUCCACCGUACGGAAUGACCCCACGGCAGCGGAAAAAAUGGCGGCAGCUAUGGCAGAUGGCCAGCCAGAUCAGCAGUCCCAAUUCCAUCGACGAGGCGGAUUCCACAGACGAGAGGGAUCCGGAGCGUGCACAGUGGAUGAUGAGUGACAUCGAACGGGCGUGUUUGGAGUGUUGUAUUAAGCUAAUGAACCAGACAUACCAUGCGCAGGAGUACGAGAGUGUGUUGAUAUGCGCGAUGGCGGUAUUAGGCCGUGGGGAGUUUGGAUGGCAGGAUGCCGAGAGUUAUCCGCCGAUUUUGUCGCGGGUGAUCAAGAUCGCCCGGUUCAUGAUUGUCCAGAAGGCAUUGUGGUUGGAUCCCGAUGUGAUGCAGAUUAUCGAGACAUGGCAGAAACCGCAGAACUGUGCCGAGUGGACAUUACGCAGUGCCGCAGCCGUGGAUAAUAUUGAGACCAAUUCCGUAUACGGCAGCGAGGUGGAGGGGCCCCCAUCGUCCCCGCCAACAUCGCCCAUGCGCAGUGGGGACCCCCAAUCCCGGAUUAAUAUCAGCCAGCGUGAUCCAUCCCGGAAAACGUUUCAGGAGCAGGUAACAUGGAUGGUUAGCCAGCUCAUGGUCCGGGGCACGCAUAUCCCAAUGGAGACAUUGCAGGACUGGCGCACAUACGGGUUAAAGAUCUAUUACAACACCACGGCCCCGGGGCAUGUCACAUGGAUGCAGCCAGAUCGGUUGCUGUAUAAGCACCUGCAGUUCACCAUGGGCGAUUUCCGGGGUUUACGCCCGUCAUCCCAUGGCACGCGUUGUACGACGAUCCCACCCAAAGCGCCGUGGGAUGGAGCUUUUGCGCGAUCAGCGAACAUCAUGGCCGGUCGACGGCCCCAGUGGAUUAUGGAGCGGAUCCGGACCGAGCCGGACAUGCAGUAUUUGCAGCGUGUGGCGCGAUUUAAGGAGAAAUUGGCCGUGUUAGUGCAUGUGGUCGGCGGGCAGCCCGGCCGGGCCCCGGAGCUGUUGAGCUUGCAGCAUGUCAACACCGAGACCAACCAGCGGCGCAAUGUAUUUAUCAAGGACGGCAUGGUAACAUUGGUGUCGGCAUAUCACAAGGGAUUUUAUGCCAGCAACGAUGUCAAGGUCGUCAGUCGAUAUAUCCCGCGGGAAGUGGGCGAGUUAAUUAUAUGGUAUUUGUGGUUGGUAUUGCCAUUUGCCCAGCAAUUGGAGGUGUGGUAUCAGCGCCGGCUCGACGAAUCGUCCAUUCCCCACCGGUAUCCACAGCACCGUCCAUUCCCCCACCGGCAUCCACAGCGCCGUCCGUUCCCCACCGGUAUCCACAGCACCGUCCGGGCCCCCACCGGCAUCCACAGCACCGUCCGGGCCCCACCAGCAUCCACGUCGCCGUCCAUUUGGGGCCCCGAUCCCGGCACGCAGCGGGCAUGGACGUCCGAACGGUUCCGUGAGGUGUUAAAGCGUGAGACCAAGAUGCGGUUGCAUUACGCAGUCAACAUCCAGGCAUAUCGCGAGAUUGCUAUCGGGAUUAGCUGGUGGUAG